GCAGAUCUGCAAGCAUUGUAUAGCUGAGGCUAAGACUUAGAGGUUCCCGCGGAAUAGGCGUGGGCCUCGAUUGUUGGGAGUAACCUGCUAUAGGGUGAACUCGGGAACAAUCACUGGAUCCGUAAAACUCAGCAGGUUGUGCAAGUGAGUGCUUGCCAUGGAUCCAAGUGAACAAAACAUAGGACGAGCCCGUGGGAGAGCUCGGGGCCGUGCUCGAGGUGCUACUCCUUCCACUCAAGAGCAACCACCAGCUCCUCUGGCUCAAGCUCCUUCUGCUGGGGGUCGAGCUCAUCAUCGUGGAGGGGCCCCUCGUCCUGGUGAUAUACCAGCUGGUGUUGCUAGUGUUCAGGCUGGAGUUCAAGCUUUGGCCCUCUCUUCUGCAAAUGGAUCUGGGAAUGGAGCAAAUGGUGGGAAUGGAGUUGCUGUUGGGCGUGGAGCAAGCCGUGGUCGACGUGGAUUUGCUUUGGCUGGAGAAGCUGCUUUCAGACCACGUCCUGCCAAUUGUGAUUCAAAGCGAGGUGAAAUGGGGAACCGAGUGAAUCUGAAAGCAAAUUAUAUUCCACUGACUCGAAAAGAACAACCUUUUACUAUCCAGCAGUAUCGGGUUGACUUUGAGCCAGAAGAGGAUCGUAUAGGCAUUCGCAAGGCUCUACUUGGUCCGCAUCGUGACAAGUUUGGAGGCUACCUCUUUGAUGGAACUGUUCUCUUCUGCUUCAAUCGUGUUACACCAGAUCCAUCGCAUCCUCAGGAGUUUUUCUCUCAGCGUCAGCAUGAUGGACAAAACAUGAAGAUUACAGUUCGACAUGUUGGUGAGAUCACUAGUGGUGACAUUGCCAUGAUCCAGAUCUUCAACAUCCUUGUCCGCCAGUGCAGUGAAUCCUUGGGGUUGAAGUUACUUGGCCGCAAUUACUUUGACAUGAAAAAUCUGUAUCCAGUCGAAAAACAUGGCCUCGAAGUGGCAAAGGGGUUUGUCACUUCCAUCUCUCAGCGUGAGGAUCGUAUCAUGAUGUGCGCUGAGGAAGAAGCCUUUCGCCUUUUGGUGGGCUCAAUUGUCAUCACAAGAUACAAUGACAAGACAUAUCGCAUUGAUGAUGUUGCUUGGAACUUGAGCGUGAACCAUACUUUCAAGAAAGGGGACCAGGAGAUUAGUUAUGUGGAUUAUUAUUGGCAGACAUACCAAAUCAAGAUCAAGGCAACUGGACAGCCUCUUCUUGUGUCUCGUCCUAAGAAGAGGGAGCAGCGACGAGGGCAGGUAGAGGUCCUUCACCUUGUCCCUGAGCUCUGCUACAUGACAGGUCUCACAGACCAAAUGAGGGCCGACUUCGGGAUGAUGUCGGACUUAAACAAGGUGACGUGCUUGAGUCCUGACAAGCGGGUGCAGUCCAUUCUUCACUUCCUUAAUCAGCUUACUAAGAAUGAGCGUGUGCACGACAACAUGCACCGUUGGGGGCUUGACUUUGCUCAGGACAUGGUGUCCUUCCAAGGACGUGUUUUGCCAGUUGAGAAAAUUUUCCAAAGGGACAGGUCUUACAUGUACAACCAGGAUGAGGCCGAUUGGAGCCGUGAAGUUCGAAACUAUGCCCUGGAAAGAGCCAAGAACCUGCAGAACUGGGUUGUGUUGUCAACUCAGAGGGAUGCUGACAAAGCCAGUGACCUCGUGAAGAACCUCCGUCAAGUCAUGCCAAGGAUGGGCAUGAAUUUGUCACCUCCAAAGAUGAUCACCCUACAAGAUGAUCGGGCCAACACAUUUGCUGCUGCACUCCAGCGGGAAAUUCGACCUGGUGUUGAAAUGGUGGUCUGUGUGGUGCCUAACAACCGGAAGGAGCGCUACGACAUGAUCAAAAAGACAGCCUGCAUUGACUCCCCAGUUCCUUCUCAGGUUGUCCUGGCCAAGACUCUCUCCAAGCCCAAGGGAUUGAUGAGUGUUGCCACCAAGAUUGCCAUGCAGAUUAAUUGCAAGAUGGGUGGCGCACUGUGGCGUGUGGAUAUGCCUCUCAAGGAUACAAUGAUAGUUGGAUACGAUGCUUACCAUGAUUCAUCACAAAAGGGAACAUCUGUUGGUGCUGUGGUCGCCACUACCAAUGCAGAGUACACUGAUUAUACCUCCUUUGUGAGCUUCCACAAGAACCGAGAGGAGCUCAGCAACAACUUCAAAAUGGCCAUUACAAAGGUAUUGCGGGUGUACCAGCAGAAGCGUGGAGGUCCUCCUCGCCGUCUCAUCAUCUUCCGAGAUGGGGUUGGUGAAGGUCAGCUGAACUUCGUCAAGGACCAAGAGGUUGAAGAAAUCAAAAAGACACUCAAGGAGGGAAUGGGAGGACAGCUGCCAGGUAUAGCAUUCAUUGUUGUCACAAAACGUAUCAACACACGUUUCUUCAUGCCUGAAAAUGGGGGUGUGCGUAACCCCAAGCCUGGCACCGUUGUUGAUGAUGUCAUCACUGACCCACUAUACUAUGACUACUUUCUGGUAUCUCAGAGUGUUCGCCAGGGCACUGUUGCUCCAACCAUGUUCAACGUCCUUGAGGAUACAUCUGGACUCAAACCUGACUAUCUCCAUCGUCUGUCAUACAAAUUGUGCCAUCUGUAUUACAACUGGCCUGGUACCAUCCGAGUGCCAGCUCCUUGUAUGUAUGCUCACAAGUUAGCUUUUUUGGUGGGACAGUCACUCCAUCGUGUCCCAGCUGCUCAAUUGGAAAACAAUCUCUUCUACUUGUAAGAGGAAUUGCUUUGAUUUCUGUAUCUGCCCCUGGCAUCUACCUCGAAACUCCAUACCUCAUUUGCUCUUCUUUUCUUCGGGUUCUACUCUCCCUCUAUGUUGUCAGAUGAUGGCUUCAGUAUAGCCAGGUCUCACUAAUGCUCUUGGUUUCCCCAUUCCAUUAGCCCAGAUGGUAAAUUGUUCAUGAUCCUCUUUCCUUUGCAGUAGUGUGCAGCACAUUGCACUUUGUGUCUCUUUCCUUUGUGCUGAAAAGUGGCUGGGGAUAUGUGAUACCAUGUGUGUGAUGUGUUUCUUCAGUUUGCAGAUUCCUGUGGGCAUAUUGUCUUUCUGUCUUCAGUUGUUGAAAGUCCUUGUUACAGAUAUAGCAAAAAUUGAGCCAAGAAGAUACCAAGUCUAAACAGGAAGUAUUCAGUUAUAUAUGGAAGAUAUAGUUAUACUAGAAAAUGUGAUUUGACUUGAAAUAGGUAUAGUAAUAUCUGUGAGUGUGAUUGGACUGCAUUGUCACUGUUCUAUGAUGGAUGAAGAUAAACCUUCUCUCUUUGGAUCUCUGCUGUGGCCCUGAAUGAGGGUGCGAUUGUGAGGUUCUUCCUGAUUACAUCAGAAAUCUUCUGUGGA